CUAUUUUAUUUAUAUACUCCUGCUUUAUCGUUCCUUACACACCAAAAACUAUUCUACUAAAUAUUUAUUAUACUUCUUCAAAGAGUACUUACUAUAUGGGAAACCAGUCAAAGACAAGUGUGGAUGGAGUUCACAGCGAUGUAAAGGUUUUGGAGAUGAAAACUAAAAGGAGUAAUGUUUUAGAUGUGUUGCUUAGGGUUCUUGGUUUCUUGCUUACUCUCACUGCUACUAUCAUUGUGGGUUUUGGCAAGGAGACUAAGGUCAUUUCAUACGCUUCAUUGCAAUUCAAAGUUACUGCUAAGUGGGAAUAUAUGUCUGCUAUUGUGUUUUUCUUGGUGACAAAUGCUAUAGGAUGUUCAUAUGCUGCAAUUUCUAUGGUGGUUUCAACAAUUGCAAGAACCAGUGGAAAUAAAACAGCACUAUUGAUGAUAACACUGCUUGACCUAGUUAUAAUGGCAUUACUCUUCUCAGCCAAUGGAGCUGCUGGUGCAGUGGGAGUGUUAGGACAGAAAGGAAACUCACACGUGCAAUGGAUGAAAGUGUGCAAUGUAUUUGAUGCCUAUUGUCGUCACAUGACUGUUGCUUUGGUCCUAUCUAUCAUUGGUUCCACUGUCUUCCUUUUACUUGUGGCUCACUCUCUUUUCAAACUCCAUUAUUAUAGAUCAAACUAGAUCAUAUACUAUUAUUACUUUUAAUGUGUUAUUUAUUCUAGGUGUCAAUCAAUCUUGUUUUCUCAUAUUAAUAACUAAAGUUGUUUUUAUUAAAUAUAGGUACUAUAUGUAAUUUAUUAUGCCUCUAUUAAGUGAGUUUGCUAAGUUCUAGUGGUAAAUAUUGUAUCCAAUAUAUAUAUAUAAAAAAAAGGGAAAAGCAAAUACUAUUGUUGUA